AUGUUUUGUAAUUUAUUAUCAGCACAUAUUUUAGUAUUAAUGUUUUGUGAAUUUAUAUAUUUUAUAUUUAUUUUUAUAGUUUUUAUAUCAAUAUUUAAGUUAAUAUCUAUAAUAAGUAUAUAUUUUAUAUUAAUAUUUGCUUUUAUUUUUUAUAUAUUUUUAUAUAGUUUAGAUAUAUUUUGUUCAAUAUUACAAAUAUUCAUAUUUUGUAAUAUGAUCAUGCAGUUAGUAACUGAUUUUUUAUUAGUAUUAAUAUUUUUAUAUUAA